GGCGGGGCACGGCGGGCCGCGAAGUUUGGGGGUUCGCCCGGGGGCAGGGAGCCCGCGCCUGGAUCCCUCGGUUGGGGUCCCAGGUUUGUGAGACUGCGAGGAACACGUUCCCUGUCCCACACGGCUGAGGCCUGCACAGGUGGGGGGCGCUGGUCUGUCAGAGGCGCUGUCGGCGCCAGGGAGGGGCUUCCUGGACCUUAGAUCCCAGAUUUGAGGCCCCCAUCCCACUCGCUGUUUCUGUCCUUUGGGCCUGCUCCUCUCUCUGCCUCCUACCCUAGGUUCUGGUUCUGCUCCAUCUCUGCCCUCAUCUGCCACUCCCCUGUAGCUCCUGGCUGGGCACACACCCCUUCCCAUCCUCUGCAGUCCUUGGGGGAGCCGGAUACAGACUUCCAGGCCAAGGGUGUAUGGAGAUGACAGCUGGGGGCUGAGAGUGGUCCCUCUUGCCCCAUAGCUCUUCAGCCCUUCAGCUCUGACCUAGCUUCUUGGCUGGGGUCCUGGGGGGUAGGGGUGGGAGGCUCUGCUACUCACUUCAACCUGGCCCUCAUGCCUGCCUGGCCAGGAGAGGGAGGUGCCCGCCUCCUCUCUCCCCUAUCCCUGGCCCGCCAUCUUGAGACCUGUGGCACCCAGUGCCCCACCCGGCCCCAACACCCAGGGGAGUGGUCUCCAAGGUGAUGCACCCAGGGCCAGUUGCAUUCCUUUCUCCCCACCAAGCCCAGGAUGCUCAUGUUCGUGCUGAACCAGCAGGACAUGUGUCUCCAAGGGCUCGCCUUCCGCCACAAAGGCUCUUAAAACCCAUGAACUCCCUAAGAGCUGAGCGCCUGCCCUCCCUGUUCCCUGGGUCACCCUUAUUGCCUCAGGACCAGUACCUGGGACCCUGUUCUUUCCCCAUCUGAAAAAAUCCCCUGGCCUUCCCAGGUCCUGGAGCCCCCUCAACCUCCAGGGCACCCCCAUCCCAGCCCCCACCCCCUAGCCUUCAUCAGCAUGCAGGCUCAGGCUGCCCAAACACAAGGGGAUUGUUCUUCUUGCAUGCUCAGGGUGGGGGGCUGGGAGCAGGCAGCCCACACACCCUGGCAGGCCCAGGCCACGAGGAGGCUGGCUUGCCCCACCCUGUGUCCCCAGACAGGCUGUCCACCCUCCCUACUCCCAUCACUGCUGCCCCUCCAGCCUCCAUCACCAUUGCCCAGUGGCGCUGACAUCUUGAGGAAAGACCUCUGAGCUGCACAGGUAGACCCCUGGGUUCUCCAGCUCUGCCAGUUGCCUCCCAUGUAGCCUUAGAAAUAUUUCCCUUCCUCUCUGGGCCUCAGGCCCCUCUUGUGAUUGGUGAAGCCUUUCCGGCUGUGACAGGCUGAGCCCAACUCGACUCUGUGAAACGUACUCCACCCCCCAGCUCUUCUUCCAGUCCCCCUCUUGUGUGAGGAGACCCACUCUGCUCCCACCCUCUGAAAACCUAAAGCACAGCCCAAAUCCCCCACCCCAGCAGCAUACCUAGGGAGCUCCUAGUCCUGGUAAAACGGCAGGAGUAGGGCUGGGGAUGCUGAGAAAGGAACCAGGAAUCCUGUCCAGGUAGGUCCUACCUCUGCCCAUGUGACUGGCCCCUCACGUCUGGGUCUUCUCACUCUACUCUCAUUACUCCUCCGGGACCCUCAGCCCCAUCGUUGGUUCCAAAUGUCCCCAGGCCCCAUGAACCUUAACUCUUCUUGCACAUUGACCCUGGUCCUGUCUCAAAUUUCCUCUUUCUGGAGCUCUGUGUAUAGUGGAAAGACAGGCUCAGAAAUGCCCAACGGGGACUUCUUUGAGUUGCAGCAACAUCUUUGAGGGGCACAGAGGCCUGAGUGAUCACAUCUGACUUGGAAGCCUGGGGAGGGCUUCACAGAGGAGGUGAUAUUUGAGAAGGAUUUUGACAGAGAGUGGAGAGGAUGGGUGUUUUGAGCUGAGGUAAGCCUGGAUAAAGGCCUGAAGGGCUGGAGGUGCUACAUGUGUUCUGCAGCCUGCCAUAUGUGAAGGAUGGGGUGGAGAUGAGACAAGAGAGACGGAGGCUGAAUCACGAAGGUCCUUGAUGGUCUGUCCGUGGAGCUCAGGCUUUAUUCUUUGGGCACUGGGGAGCCAUGGGUGGCUGUUGAGCAGCAGAGUAAGUAUCCAGUUUUCAGCACGAAGAAUGGAAGCUAGAGAUCUUUCUCAGUGUAGGUGAGAGAGUGAGGGGAUGGGUACCAUGAGGAGGCUGUGUCCUUUCUCCUGGAGCCAAGCCUGGGCCCAGACUUGACUUGGUUUCCCUUGGUUCUGAAGAUCCCUGGGGGCUGCCUAAUGAUGCUGUACGGAAGCUGUAGCAUUUCUGGCACCUGCCAACUUGUCAGAGCUGCCUUUCCCUUCCUGGCACUUUGUCUAUGUGGCAGAUCUGAAUCAAGAAGCCAGAGGCUGGAGCUUGUGGACCCCAGGAUGCUCACCUGAGGUUCCCCACUCCCGUCCUCCUCUUUCAACUGCAGAUGAUUGGCCAUCCCCGGAGGCUGGGAGGCCAAGAGGCUGGGCACAUGUGUCCAAGGACGCUGGGGCAAUUCUUAUGAAGGCCUGGCUAGUUGGGAGAGUGAGCAUCUCCAGAGAAAGGAUUGGGCAGGAGAGUUAGGAGCCCUCAAUGCAGACCUGCUCAGGCCCAGGGUCCACCCUCACCACACCCUGCCUCCCCGGAUGCUCCGAGCCAUUCCCCAGCAUCGCUGGGUGUGGCUAGCAUGGCUGCUUUGGGAGUGGGAAUAGGAGAAGGAGGCUGCUAGGUGGAGAGCUGGGGGUGCUGAGGGGAUAUGGGGGGAUGUGAGAUGGAGAGUGAAGCCCAGGUGGGUCCACAGGCCCUAGCUGGUCCAGACAUUCUGGCCAGCAGAGCAGAGGGAAUCCCCCAAGGGGCGGGCCAGUCUACUUGAAUCGCCUGGCCCCAGGAGCCCUCCCCUCCCCCGAAUUGUUCUUGUUCCAGAACAAAGGCAGGGUGGACACUUGAUCCCUGCAUGUGGGGGGAGCUGGCUAAGCCCCCAGCCCUUUGAUUGGGCAGCUGUCAUGGGAGAGAGACAGCUGGGGGGGAGGGGCAGGAAGGGGGCAGCCGCCAUCGCUUACACAGCUGUCACCACCCCCCCCCGCCACCCCCUCCAGCCUGAGUGGCAGAAAGCCAGGGACAGAAGUGGGCACUGGGGCUGGGGAGGGGGCCUGGGAGUCAGGAGGGAAUGCCCGAGGUCAGAGGCCUGGUGUGAGCUUGGUGUGUCCUGCCAGGGAGCCCUGCUGACCAGAGGGGGCUGGGCACCCUCGGAGGUGAGCUGGAGGUCACUGUGGCAUGUUGUGUGGCUGCCACGUGGGUGGCCCAGCAAAGACCCAGGGCCCACCAGGCUGGAGCAACAAAUAACUCCCUAGAGCCCCGGUGAGGGCAGGGGGAGCCAGUGAUGCCUAAUGGGGCUGCUUGUUCCUUGGGCCCUAGGAGAAUAAUUCGGAAGACAUGGGUUAGAACCCCUUGUUCUUGCCUAAAGAUGGGAAAGACCUUGAGAGUCUCUCAGAAUAGGAAGGGCGCAGAUAGACCAGCAACUCUCUCCCUACCCCCAGCCCCUAAACACAACGCAGGUGGGUAAACCAAGGUCUAGGUCAGGUGAGGACAUGGGCAAAGUUACCCACUGGACUUGGGGCAAGUGGGUCUCUGCUGGAGACCCAGGCAUCUUUUCAUGGCAAAAGCUCUAGUUCUGGCCAUGUUCCAGCCCUCCUGCCCCAUUUUUCAUGGAGCCACGAGAGCUCAUGUGGAGAUGGUUUGGGGACAAUGUCAGGUGUCCCACUGGUUACCAUCCCAAGGGGGUCCUUGAACCCCAGAAAAUUUUGGAACUUAAGACUGAGGCCCUGGACAAGUUGUCAGUCCUUUCCAAAUAGGAUCCCUGUCUACUAGCCAGGCAAAGGUCUCAGAGACAACUGAAGCCCAAUCCCCGCUUUGGAAGGAGCCUGCCCUCCAGGAAGAGGACUAACACAUCCAGACAGGAGCAGCCUGAAGGGGGAGGCAGGUGGGGCUUUGGAUAGCCCCACACUAGCAAUGCUAGUCCCACCGCAUCCCACCUCUCUGUGACCUUGGGCAGGUUACUGAUCCUCUCCAGGCAUCAGAUUCUCCUUCUGUGCAGUGAAUUCAUCUGCUCAGCUAACCAGUAUGUUAGCUGAGUUCCAGCUGAGCUCAGUAUGUUCUGAGCACCUUCUCUGGCCUGGCUCUGAACUGAGCCCUGGGGACAUAAGGAGAAGGCAGCAGCCUUGGCUCCUGCUCCAAGGGGCUCCUGGGCUUGGCUGUCCAGAGAGGCAGAAACCAAGCACGUCAUCACAAGUGCUUUGAUGGGGGAAGUGCAGGCAGCUGGGGGAAUGUCUAGCAAGGGCAGCCAGCAUGAGGCUGGCCAGGAUGCUCGGAGAGCACAGUCCCUGCAUCCACUGCUCAUCUCCACCCUCUGGAGUCCCUAUGGCAGAACUCAAAUAGAAGGAGGAGCAGCUGUGCCCAGGGGAGCAGGGUGUCACCUCCGCUGGAUAGGUGAGGAAACAAAGACCUUAUGCCAUAUAGUGGCUUGCUGGGGCUUCUAAGAAGGAGCCAGGCUGGGAGCCCCCUUCACCGUCCGUGCUCAAGCUCUGUCUAGCAAGGGGAGUUCAGAAGAGGGCGCUGGACAGAACUCCAUGCCCUUUCCUGUCAUGUUGGGAUGAGGCAGGGGGCUGAGGAGGAAGGCGCCCAGAGACUUCUGGAGUGUUCCAAGCCCAGCACUCAUCCUUCACCCCACACCCUUCUGGGCAUGAGGAAUUUGCAGUGUUAGGGCUUGGUCUUGGCCCAGACUUAGCACCAGUUAGUCCCACUCCCUGUGUUCCCCAUAGGGUUCUGGUCCCCCAGUGAGCUCCCCAUCAAGGCUGAGCCUUGGCAGGAGACAGACGCCUAAGGAGAGGGAUUUCCAAGCAGGAUUAAGGUUCAGGAUUAAGUCGGGGCAUGAAAAAGGGUCGGGUGGAGAGGGCCGACUGCUGAGCUAAUCCCAGCAGCUAAUCUCAGGCUCCACCUUUCUCCAUCAGUUAAUGGCCUUGACAUUCCCGCAGCCCACCAAAUCCUUUUCUUACCCAUCACGCAAUCCCAGGGAGAGGUAUUCCCUCCAUUUUAUGAGUGAGGAAAUUGAGACUCAGAGCCCAGGUGACUUGUUUCUGGUACAGUAGUAAGUGUUCCAGGCUGGGAAUGUGGCCAGCCUGGACACUUCUUACCUCCUGUUCCGAGGGCCAUUUCCAGCACAUAGGAGAGAGAUUGGAAACCAACGUGCAGAACUGGCAGUCCCCUGACAUGCUGUGCCCCACCCACUGCAGCCCAGUGCUGACUGAACCCUGCCCAGAGGUGUCUGUAGUGAGCCUCUGCCCUAGUGACUUCUGGUAGGUGGGAGGUAUGCCUCAAUUCCCCCCUCAACCCCUGCCUCAAGCCUUUACCAGGCAGGGGCAAGACCUGACCACACCCGAGGCCUCCCUCGCUUCAAGACUUCCCAUGGCUGCUCCAGCUUCCUCCCCAGCUGCUCUUCUGUGCUCCAUCCAGUAGAGGUUCUGGCUGCUGGACGCAAGUGCCUCUCUUAUGGAAGCCGGCCAGGUCGCAGCGUGGACACAUUUGCAGGCCGCUGUGGCCCCAGCCUCGCCUGACAGAAUGAGCGGCUCGGAUGGGGGACUGGAGGAGGAGCCAGAGCUCAGCAUCACCCUCACGCUGCGGAUGCUGAUGCAUGGGAAGGAAGUGGGCAGCAUCAUCGGGAAGAAGGGCGAGACUGUAAAGCGAAUCCGGGAGCAGAGCAGUGCCCGGAUCACCAUCUCCGAGGGCUCCUGCCCCGAACGCAUCACCACCAUCACCGGGUCUACAGCGGCUGUCUUCCAUGCAGUCUCCAUGAUUGCUUUCAAACUGGAUGAGGACCUUUGUGCUGCUCCUGCAAAUGGUGGAAAUGUCUCCAGGCCUCCAGUGACCCUGCGCCUUGUCAUCCCUGCCAGUCAGUGUGGCUCACUGAUUGGGAAGGCUGGCACCAAGAUCAAGGAGAUCCGAGAGACUACAGGUGCCCAGGUACAGGUGGCGGGGGACCUGCUCCCCAACUCCACAGAGCGAGCUGUUACGGUGUCUGGGGUGCCUGAUGCCAUCAUCCUGUGUGUGCGCCAGAUCUGCGCUGUUAUCCUGGAGUCCCCACCCAAAGGAGCCACUAUCCCCUACCAUCCGAGCCUCUCCCUAGGUACUGUCCUUCUCUCUGCCAACCAGGGCUUCUCUGUCCAGGGUCAGUAUGGGGCUGUUACCCCAGCUGAGGUCACCAAGCUCCAGCAGCUCUCAAGCCAUGCGGUCCCCUUUGCCACACCCAGCGUGGUGCCAGGACUGGAUCCCGGCACACAGACCAGCUCACAGGAGUUCUUGGUUCCCAACGACCUGAUUGGCUGUGUGAUCGGGCGCCAGGGCAGCAAGAUCAGCGAGAUCCGGCAGAUGUCAGGGGCACAUAUCAAGAUCGGGAACCAAGCAGAGGGCGCUGGGGAGCGGCAUGUCACCAUCACUGGCUCUCCGGUCUCCAUCGCCCUGGCCCAGUACCUCAUCACUGCCUGUCUAGAGACGGCCAAGUCUACCUCUGGGGGGACGCCCGGCUCGGCCCCCGCAGACCUGCCUGCCCCCUUCUCGCCACCCCUGACGGCCCUGCCCACAGCUCCCCCAGGCCUGCUGGGCACACCCUAUGCCAUCUCCCUCUCCAACUUCAUCGGCCUCAAGCCUGUGCCCUUCUUGGCUCUACCACCUGCUUCCCCAGGGCCGCCGCCGGGCUUGGCGGCCUACACUGCCAAGAUGGCAGCGGCUAAUGGGAGCAAGAAGGCUGAGCGGCAGAAAUUCUCCCCCUACUGAGGCCAGCUGAGGUACAGGCAGGGGCAGGCAGGACCACCAGCAGGGGGCUGCCUCCGCACCCUGCCCGCCCAAGGAGACUCCACCCUGGGGUCCUAAACGCCGCUAACGCCCAGACGCAUGGAUGCACCCCCUACCCUGCCUCCGUCUAUGGGAGUUCCUUCUCUCAGAGUGGGGGCAGUUUCUGGCCCAGGGGUCUGAGCUGCGGCAGCCCCAGGGCAGGGGGCGUACCUCUUCAGCUCUGUGCUUGGAUACAGGGAGCAGCCAGGAGACUCCCUAGUGCCCCCACCAUGGGAGGUGUCACUCGCACACUCCCCAUCCCUUAGGGCUUCCUGGCCUACUGCAUCCUUUUGGGAGUCAGGGAGGAGGGCCCGGGGGGUAGCUGGGGCCAGGCUUCUCUCCCCACCACCUGCAGAUUUCUUGCUGCUUCCACUGAUACCCUUUUGACUGGAAUGAACUGGCUGGGCUUAUCAGGGGGCACCCUAAAGAGGGGGCACUGCCAGGUAGCUGGGGGAGUGGCAUGGGGCAGGGGCCCAGUUCUCAGCAGCAGACACUCUGUACAGUUUUUUCAAUCCCUGUUUUUGAAUAAAUAUUCUCAGCGACCAG